AUGGCAGUUGGAAUCAAGCUUAGUAAAGAAGACAGUGAACCAUUUGAUUACUCUACUUUAUACAGAAGAAUUAUUGAAGGAUUACAAUAUCUUACUUUGUCAAGGCCUGAUUUAGCUUUUACAAUCACUAAGCUAAGUCAAUUUCUUCAAGCUCAAAAUGUUGCUCAUAGAAAAACUCAACAUUUUAUCCUUGAAAGGUAUCCUGAUGUAGAUUGGGCCAAUGAUGUUAGUGAUAGGAAAUCAAUGAGUGGCUAUAACAUUUUUCUUGGGUGGAAUCUAGUCCAAUGGAGCUUUGGAAAGCAAAAUGUUGUUUCCUUAUCUUCAACAAAGACUGAGUAUAGGUCACUAAGUCAAGCUGCAACUGAGUUAGUUUAG